AUGAACCUACUGCUGGUCGAAGCUGGCGAGCUGAGCGACGACGGCCGGGUGCGCCUGGCCGGCCGCCGCGCCCGGCACUUGUUGAAAGUGCUGCGAGUAAAGCCUGGCCGACGGCUGCGGGCUGCAGUGGUCAGUGGCGCGAUCGGCGAGGCCGAAGUCGAGCAAAUCGAUGGUCACGAGGUGGUGCUGCGAUUCGAGCUAAGUGAGCUGGCAUCGGCUCCAGAGCCGUGGCUAGAUCUCAUUUUGGCGCUGCCACGCCCAGCGGUUCUGCACCGUGUUUUGCAAACCGCCGCCACAGUGGGAGUCGGCCGUUUGUGGUUGAUCAAUUCGUGGCGGGUAGAAAAAAGCUUUUUCAGCUCGCCCGCACUCGAAGACGAUGCCAUCCAACGUCACUUGCUCUUGGGUGCCGAACAAGGCGGCGUCACCCACCUGCCAGAGGUGCGAUUAGAAAAGCUCUUCGUGCCAUUUCUAGAGCGCCUCGGUAGGCCGGCCGAAAGUACUCGUCGGGUCCUCGCCGAGCCCCGCUGUGGCACCUUGAUCGAAGACUACUUCGCCAGCCUCGAUGCGCUGCCUUCCGAAGUCCGAUUCCAGCUUGCCAUCGGUCCCGAGGGCGGCUGGAUAGAACGCGAGGUAGAGAGCUUUGGUGAAGCUAGUUUUGCCGCCGUCGAGCUUGGCCCCUGGGUGCUAAGGGUCGAGACCGCGGUGGCUGCCGCGGUGGCCCAGCUGGAGCUGCUGCGGCGGGCGAGAAUUACAGCUGCAGAGGUCUCUCAAGCGGCGGACUGA